AUGCUGGCGCGGGCGAAGGCGCGGGCGGAGACGCUGGCGCUGGGCGAGAAGGCGCGGUUCGAGGAGGCGGACGCGACGGCGCUGCCGUUCGACGAUGGAUCGUUCGACGUCGUCGUCGAUACGUUCAGCCUGUGCGUGAUCGAGGAUCCGUCGGCGGCGCUGCGAGAGGUCAGGCGAGUGCUGCGAUCGAAAGGACGGGCGGUGUUGAUCGAGCACAGUAAGAGCGACGUCGGCGCGUUGGGCGCGUAUCAAGAUUUGACGUCGGCGCCGGUGAAGCGCAUGAGCAAAGGAUGCGUGUGGAAUCAGGACGUGGAGUCGCUGGUGCGACAGUCUGGCAUGCGCGUCGUGAAGACGCAGCGCGCUUUACUCGGUUUACUCGUCGUCGUGGAGGCGGCGCCGUGA